AUGUCUGCUCCUGAAUUUCUUGUAGGGUCUCUGGAUCAGGAGUCCUGGAAUGAGUGGGCAGAACGGUACAAGGCGAAAGGUGUAAGUAUCUAUGAGCUGGAAGCCUAUGAUCCAGCAUCAAAGAUAAAUGACCCCCAAUAUCUGGCUCUGAGGGCGUUGUGGAAGUUUGGGCGGGCUAGUGAGUUCCAUCCAGGCAAAUGGGGAAUCUAUGGUGUUGAGGCUGCCACGGAGAAGCUGGGGGAGCUCAAGCAUUGGAAAAGCUUCCUUGACGCGAUUUCACUAGAGACCAAUUUAGAUGAAAUUCUUCCCAUACAGGAUGACCUUGGCGCUUUUACGCUGAUUUGGUAUUAUGGCCAGCUCAUUCGCUGGGCGCCGAGUGCGGCCGAUGCUGAAGGAAACGCCAAUUUCACUCCAUGGUCCGAGCGAUUGAGGAAGAGAAAACCAGAGUCGAGAAGCAAAACCUUCUCCGAACCAACUCAACCCCAUCCUCAUGCAAUUAAUCUGGCUGAUUAUAUGAAGAUAUAUGGAGACCGGGAGAAGCAAAGUACAGGAACACGUGAACUACCAUCAAGCAGUGAGAGUCAAAUCUGCCAGUCUUCCGAAACUGCCUAUAUUGAUCUAGACCCCGAAGCCUGCAGUGAUGACUCCGGGCUGGAUCCAAGCUACAAGGAGCAGGAAGACUUUCCCCAAGUCUCAGAUGAAAUUAUGGUGAAUGCAUACUUGCUGGGUCUGGCAAGUGUGGUAACCUUCUCUGUCGAAGGCGUCGAAGCCCAUUGGACCCCAGAACGGAAGGGGUACAAAGUUUGUGAUGAGAAAGGCAUCAAGCUGUAUGAAGCAAGGACGGAUGGUCAUAUGUUUCUAUAUAGUAAUGGGGAGACCAAAGCCAUUGUUGAAGUGAAACCCGUGGUGCGAGCCGAAUUACCCAGGGUCAUGAUGCAGGAAGUUGCUCAAAUGGCGGCAUGGAUCCACGCCGAAAAAGACGUUGCCUAUGAGGAAAAGCUGGCGGAACAAUGGUUCCGUCGCUUGCUCUGGUCGAUGAAUCGACAUGAGCUAUAUAUAAUCAUUGCCGAGUAUAACGGGGACUACGUCGACUAUUUGACGAAUCCACGACGCGAAGCGGAAUGCGAAUCUUUCAUGACAAUGAACCAAUUUGGACCAUGGGACAUAAGAAACUCCACUCAAGUUGCUGAAUUUGCUGCCAUAUUGUUGGCAGUAACUUUACAGUUGGGUAAGGGUCUGCCCCUUAUCUGA